CUUGAAUAAUCCGUGCUGCGGGCCGUUGCGGGACGCAGCGACGUCAUCGACAGUGUCAUAUAAAUUUGCCUACUGAGACUUGUCCCCAAAUACGUCAACUUCAAAGGUGUUUGUUUGUUGUACUUACCUGUCCACUCCGUCUCUUCAUCGAAGCAUCGACUUCUGUUCUUGUUUUCAUUUCUUGCAGCUCAUCCAACCAACGUCCACAUCCUCAACACCAUUCACCCACUCCUUCACUCACGCACGUACACACAUCCAACAUGACCGACCAACCCUCCAACAUCGAGCCCUACAUCCAGGCUGAAAAUCCAGUAACGCGCGAUCCCUUGGAGCAAAAAGCCGCAGCCCAACCUCACCGUCAAGCCGGCUCGUCCUCCGAAGGCGAGCUUGGCACGGUCGGCGGUGCCUCACAGCACGGGCAGGAAGGCGUCCCGACAUCCCGCGGCUACGGUGUGCACGGCAGUGGGCCCGUGGACGCGCAGGAGGAGGCGGCCACCAGCUACAGCAGCAGCACGAGGGGAGCGCGCGGCGAGAAGCAGGUCCUUCAAAACGAGAAUGUCAAUGCCGACGAGCAACUGGCGACGCUGGCGGAGGGUAAAGUGGCAGAUGCGGUAGAUAGGAAGAGCGGUACGCAGAGAGCCCCUGGGGCCGGGCCGGCCGAGGAGCAGGACUUUGCCUCGGACCUGGACAGGUAAGUUAUGUUAUUGUUUUCACCCGAAAAAAAAAAACCAGAAAAAAACCCCUCCCCUAAAAAAAGGAGAUUCGGGAGACGGGUGGGGGAAAAGGGGGGGAUAUAUGUCUCAUAAUCAUGUGCUCCUUCUUCUCCUUCUUUGCAACUCGCUGACGCCUUGACAGGAAGAAGGCAGAACAGGCUGAGGCUCGCGAGGCAAUCAAGGAGGCCCGCAAAGGGGGUGCUGAUGUCGGCGGAGGGGCCGGCAGGCUGGGAAGUGAAUCUCUAAACGACGCAUGAUUCCUUUUUCUGGAGUUUUUUGCG